CGUGUGACCUGACGUAGCUCCAGCCCAGAAGCAGCAGUAGACGGUUGAUCGACGCAUUUCUCCCGUCUGUCCAGGUGUGUGCGUGUGUGUGUUGUGUGUUUGUGGAGUGAACACGCAGUGUGUGUUUGAGGAGUCCACAGCAGCAUCAUGGCGUCUGGAGGCCCCGUGAUGAACGGCGACAUCUCUCGCUCUUCCAGUCAGUCCGGCACGCUGGAGGAAACCUUGCAGCAGAUGAACAUCCUCAUCCAGGAGAACCGAGACCUCAAGGAGGCCCUGCGUCAGACCAACCUGACGAUGAAGGAGCGUUUCGAGGAUCUGGCUGCGUGGCGGGAGAAGCAGCGGGAGGAGCGGGGCUUCCUGGAGAGCAAGCUGGCAGAGGCUCGGAGGCACAUGGAAGCACUGACGCUCCAAAACCAGGAGCUGAGCCAGAGACCGGGAAAGGAUGGGAAGACCGGGGGCUUAAUGGUGGUGUCAUCCAAUCAGAACACAGAGAUUGACGCCCUGCGUGCCCAGGUUGCUCGCCUGCAGGAGGAGAAGAACGCCCUGGUGGCCAUGAACUCUGAGCUGCAGCUGAAGGCGGACCAGGACUCGCAUGACGACUCCUUCAUUGAGAUCAUCAGGGUUACGGAUGGAGGCGUAGACGGUGUGAACGAUGUGUGCGGUUCAGAGCGGACCAGACGUCCGGACCUGAGCAUGACGGCGUCCCGGCUGGACAGUGAGGAGGUGACCGUCAGCCAGCUCCUCCAGUCACUCAGGAACGAGACGCAGCGGGCCGAGCGGCUGCAGGCCCUGUUGCAGGAGUCUGCUGCCAGAAUUAGAGAGCUGGAGGAGAGGAAGAGCAGUGUAGAUGAAUCAACGCAGACCACCCAAGAAGAAACUACAGAACCCAAGGAGGAUUCUGGGAAAGAGGAAAAGGCAGCAUCUGAGGUGGAGAAUCUCAAGUCUCAAAUGAUGACGCUGUUCAAAGAACUGCAGCAGGCCCAGAGUAAGCUGGAUGAAGCAGAAGAUAUGAAGAAGAACCUGCAGGACAGAUGUCGGGAGGUGGAGCAGGACGUGACCACUCUGAAGGCCCAGCUGGUGGAAAAACAGGCUGUUCAGUCGGAGAAUGACCGACUGAAGCUGCAGCUGGACAGCAUGCAGGCCCAGAGCCAGCUGGAGCAGAGGAAGGCUGGGGAGGAGAGGAACAACCUGGCCCAGCUAAAGGAUGCUUACACCAAACUGUUUGAAGACUACAACGAACUCAAAGAGGAGAUGAAGAAGAAAGAGUCUCACACGGUGCAGAAGGAGGUGGUGGACCAGCUGCAGGAGCGACUGACUGCUGCUGAAGAGGCCCUGGCUGCUAAACAGGAAAAGAUUGAUCUCAUGAAGCAGGAGAUCUUCCAGAAGGAGAAGGAGCUGGAGACCAUAUCUGUGUUCCAGGCUCAGGCAGAGGUCUAUUCCUCAGACUUCUAUGCAGAGCGAGCAGCGAGGGAGAAGCUUCAUGAAGAGAGGGAACGUCUGGCCGCUCAGCUGGAGUAUGUAAAGAAGCAGAACACUCACCUGCAGGAGGAGAUGGACUCACUGGGACGGCGGUCGCUGAAUGAGAUGCAGAGGAGACACGUAUCAAUGGGAGGGAGUACACACGGAGCCGGCGCUACUCUGGUCGGAAGAGGAGCUGAUUGGCAGCAUCAGGGGAAUAUUCCCGAACACGCCUGUCCCAAGUGCAACGAGAUCCUGCCAGACCUGGACUCCCUGCAGAUCCACAUCAUGGACUGCAUCAACUAGACCUCCAUCUGUACAAGCAUUCACAGCAACUGCAGCUCCUUUUAGCACUGUAAUCUGAGUCUUCCUCUGCUUUUACCUGUACCUCUACUCAGAUCCUGAGACACACACUCGAUAGUGACAAGAUGGAAACAGUUUGAAUUUGGUAGGAUUUAACGAGAAGGAUUUCAAGUCUGGAAAUAAAUGGCUUGUUAGUUUAUUAAAUUUGAAAAUUGCUUAGAAAGAUUUGAAAUAGAAGAGGGAAAUAUUGUAGGACACAUCUUUAAGUCUCUUUUUGUACCCAUGUCAUGUGGCACAUACAUAAUGAAGGAGAUGAAGUUUCAUUUCUUUAAGGCUGGAAUAUCAAAAAUGGAAACUGGACAGACACUUUGGUAUGAUUUCAGUUUGGUGCUCUCUGCCUGCACGUUCACACAUUAAGUCAGUUCAGCAUUUACAAGUCGCAUUUGUUUGCUCUCUGAAGGCUUUUUUUCCCUCAUGAUUGGUUUGUUGGUGUUGGGAAAAGGAGCAUAUGCACCAUGUAGGCACUUUAAUAUGAAGAUAUAGAUUUUAUUUUGACAGUGCAUAUGGUAUCUGGUAUUUUAAACAUAAUAUAUAUUUAACUUGUUAAUCAUUCUAUCACUUUAAGUGACAGCCUUCGUAUGUGCAGGAGGCACCAACACCCUGCUCUUCUGAUUCCAUGUUAUUCUGUGAAUAAAAAUAAUGAUCUGCAAAUGUC